UUUGAAUUUGAACAAUUAGACCUUUGUUAAUUUUGCAAAAAUAAAAUAAAUAGUGUUUAUUUAAUAAUACUAAUUAGGAUUAGUGAAAACUACAAUUUAAUCUUUACCAGGUAUCCUCAAUUCCAAAAUAGUCAAUAAUGUCGAAACAGAAGAAACAGCUCAAGGAGCAAGAAGAAGCCGCUCACGUUUUCGUCGAUUUCGUCAAUUCCUUCGAAAAAACCGCACCGACAAGCAAAACUUUCGUUAAAUCCGGCAUUCUGUAUGGCGACAAAACCCAAUUAGCUUCGACGAAGGUUCAACUGUACGCACCAAAGCCAAUCGUAAAAAGUGCCAGCAAAAACGCGGCUAUCGAUUAUGCAAAACUAUUAAACCACGUCGACGAUAAUUUGAUAAUAAAAAAGAAAAAGAACAAAGUCAAGUCCAACUUGGAGUUGCUGAAAGAGGAAAUCCAGCAAAGGCAGUCGGAAAAAAACGAACGAGAAAGACUGAAACAAGAAAUAUCUAACGCAGGGCCCCCACUAAGCCCUUUCGACGAAAAAGACUUAAAUUCCACAAACCUCUUCAUCUCCAAUUUAAAUGCAAGAAUCACCGAGGCGCACUUGGUUCAAGACUUUGGCAAAUUCGGACCGUUAGCUAGCGUUAAAAUAAUGUGGCCCAGAGGUGAAUCAGGAGACGAAAAAUUCCGGCGACUGAACACCAAUUGCGGCUUUGUGGCUUACAUGAGCCGCAAAGACGCAGAACGCGCCCUGAAUCAUAUGAAACACCGUACCGAUAUGAAGGUGGGAUGGGGCAAAUCGGUUGAACUUCCUAAACAUCCAGUCUACAUCCCUCAGGAUCUUUUGAGGAUGUUUCUACCUCCACCUCAGAGUGGUUUACCGUUUAAUGCUCAGACUGAUGGAGAAACUGCUGAAGCGAAAAACUUUGAAGAUGUUCUAAUUGAAUCUGUUGUCAAAGUGACUGUGCCUCUAUGCAAGAAAACCCGAAUUUUGGUCAAUAGAAUGGCCGAGUAUGUGAUAAAAGAUGGCCAUCUGUUUGAGGCAAUGAUAAUGAAUCGAGAAAUCAACAAUCCAGAUUAUCAAUUUUUGUUUGACAAUAAAUCAGCGAAUCAUAUUUAUUAUAGAUGGAAAUUGUUCAGUAUUCUUCAAGGGGACUCCACCAAACAGUGGAACAUGAAUCCGUUUAGGAUGUUUAAGAGUGGUUCGAUUUGGCUACCACCCAUCGCACCAAAUUAUGAAGCUGGUAUGCCAGAAGAGCUUAUAAAUAAAGACAAAUAUGACCGUCAACUUUUAUCAGAAAAUCAAAGUGAACAUUUAGUUGAGCUGAUACAAAAUUUAAAUUUGAGCUCAUCCUCGAUCGCUGACGCUAUGGUGUUUUGUCUGCAACACGAAAUAGCUAUUAAUGAUUCACUCGAGAUUAUUUUCCAGUCAUUAUGUCGUUCGUCCACAAAGCCCCCCAGUAAAGUAGCCAGGUUUUAUUUGCUCUACGACAUCUUAUACAAUUGUUCCAACAAAAACCUACAAAUCAAAUUCGAAACGAUUUUCGAUGAAUUCUCUAGGUGUUUUAAAGAUAUGAAAAAUGACGUGGAUAAAUUGAUGUUUAGCUCUAAAGUUAUAAAAGUCGUACGUCAGUUGCAACUUUUUGGGCAUUUGAGUGCGGAAUUAACAAAAAAGUUUGAAGAUUGUUUCAACCAGAAACCGUUAGACAUUGGAGACAGUUCGAGCGAUGCUGAUGAACCGUUAGACGGCGCCAAUUUACGCAAAAGAUCUUUAGGAAAUAAUAACGAAGAAUGCGUUAUAACGUCUAAUAUUGAAGCGACACAAAUUAAACCAGAAUAUUUUGUACCUUCCAAGUGGAACUCUUUGGAUGCCGAAGAGAUCGAGUCUCAGUCGAUGUCUUCUUCCAAGUUGUAUUUUUUGGAAAUGGAUAAAACAGCAGCAAAUGACCAAAAAGAAGAAUUAUUGCCUUGUAAAAAAGCGACAAGUAAAAAAUACAAACAUUCACGGGAAGACAGUAGCAAAAGUCCCACAAGGUAUUCCAGAAGCCACAAGUCAAAAAAACGAAAAUGUUGAGUUAGUUGUUUUUGUUAUGUUAAUAAUUUUGGUUAGCCUUAAUCAAAUAUAGGUAUUUACCUGGCAAUUAAUGACAUCGAAAUGGGAAAAAUCCCCAUAGUCUUUCCGCCCAUAAGAUACUCCGAAGUGGUGUUCUGCUUGACUUUGGCGAAAAAAGCGAAAUACACCCCAAUUAACGCGGACACGAUCAACAUAACGGCAAAAACGACAUAAUCGAACACUUCGAAGUAUCUUUUAACGUCGUCAUCUUCCCCGUCCAUUUUUAGUUUGACCGAUAAGCCCAAAUUGAAAGUUAGAAAUAAACUUAAUUUCUACUUGGUGACAUCGGUAGCGCCAAUUUAGAGGGGCUUAAUUGAAAAAUUGACAUGCCCCCAUUAUACCUACGUUUAUAUUAUAAGAAAAGACUGUUUGUUGCAAGAGGCAUAAUUACGGACAUGACUUAAUUUUGAGGGAAUUGUUUGAUUAUUAGUAAUUUGACAAAAGUUAUGGGAAAAAUAAUUUUUAUACAUGAUGAUGAUUACAUGUCAUGUUCAUUUUGGUGUUUAUUGAGCUCUUCCUACACCAA